AUGAUAUUUCUGGCCCAUCGAAUGUUCGAGUACGGCGAGGCGCACUUUCAAUCACUUCUGGUGGAUCUAAAGGACCACUGGGAAGACUUGCCUGGCGUUUCUGGCGAUUUCCCAUUCCCGUUCAGCUUUUCAGAUGCAGAGAUCGAGCGUAUCAAGCUAGUUAGCGAUGGAGCGGUGGCGGGGACGGAGCUUGUCGCUGGCGUGAAGGAACAACUGGGCGAUUUGUGGCCGGAUAAGGGGCUUAUUGAGCAUGAGAGGUAUGAGGAGUGUAGGGCUGCGCUUGAGGAAGUUAGGGAUCGGAUUGUGGAGGAGUUGGGUGAGAGUGAGGAGGAGAGGGAGGAGUAUCGGCGAUUGUGGCCAUUUGAUUGA